AUGCGCGAUCAGAUCAUUGUCCGGAUGCGGUACCUGAGGCCUGACUCGUGGGCGGAGCGCGCGGACCAAUAUGAAUCUGAUGCGAACUGUGCCUCGCAGGGUUGGCAAUUCGAAACUCUGAUAGUCCUCGUCGAACCGCUUGCCACCGAACUGGCCCUGACUUCCUCGGUAGAGUUCGUCGUCGAUCCAGACCGAAUCGCCGAAGUUAAGUCAUUGCAGCUGGACGUCCCCGAGGCAACGGACGGACUUCUUCCUCAGCGUCCCUGGCGCCGGAUCUCAGUGAUAGAAGCGGGCCCUAAUCUUGAGCUUGGGCUUGUCCUCGGCACACACGCACGCGAUUGGUUCUCCGCACGAGCAUCAACGCCACCGCCACAGCAUCAAGCUCGCAGGGCACCCUCAGGGUCUGCCAUUGAUGGAAAGGGUGCGCACGGGGCCCACGAUGCGCGGGGGCUGCAUUGUCCGCCGCUUCGGGAAGGCUCUCCGACGCCAUUGUCUGCGGCUGGGAGCCGAGAGCGGGGAGUGAUAAAGGGAAGGCUGAUGUUCGCGCGCGGGAUGUCCGAGCGAGAGCACUUCCGUCUUCCCCCGCGAGGCACGGGCUGGAUAAGCUACACGUUCGAGGACAGAGGUGCAGGAAGCUCGCAGAAGGAAGCGGAUGCAGGUUUGCGCUGUGAACCCGAGCGGAGAUGCGCACGCCAGACACCCUCACGUCGGGGUGGUGAACGCGGACCGCACGAGGACGCAGAUCUGUGGUCGGAGAUGGCGUUCACUGUCGAGUGCCACAAGCCCCGGGCUGCUUUUGAUAUCGAGCGAUCGGAACGCAUCCCAGCACCAUAUCCUGAUCUCAGCGUUGGCAGUGGCGCGCUUGGGAAGCUGCGCGAGGAAUAUCAUAUUAAUGGCGUCGCUGCCCCACCAGCUUGCGCUCAGAACGCGGAGAGCCCGGCCAUUGUGCUACAGGACAUCUCGAUUGCGCGAUCAGAACCCGCCAAGGUGCAGGCUGACCCGCGCGGUCCGUUCUCACAGCAACAAUGUUAG